AUGGCUAGAAAAAACGUUUUGAUUGUCGGCGCCUCUCAUGCUGGACUUGGAGUUGCAAAUGGACUUCUUAAAACGAACUCUGAUAAGAUCAAGGUUGUCCUGAUCAAUCCCUCGGAGAAGCACUACUUCAAUAUUGCGGCACCACGAAUAUUAGCCAAACCCGAAUUCUUUCAGCCGACUCAAUACCUUCUCUCUAUCGAGAGCUCAUUUGAACGCUACUCUAAGGAGUCAUUUCAGUUCAUCAAAGGAAAAGUAACCGGCAUCGAUACCACCUUGAAGUCAGUGAACAUUUCGUCGCUACAAUCGGCUCUUUCCUACGAUUAUCUUGUGAUUGCGUCUGGUAGCACGACCGCUUCCUCGCUGCAGGGAGAGCCGGCCCCUUUCAAGUCUUUGAAUGAUGAUGGUGAUGUGGAGACCUCCAUUCGCUCGAUCCAAAAUGUCAUCUCCAAGGCGACGAGUAUUGUCGUUGGCGGGGCAGGUCCGGUUGGUGUUGAAUUUGCGGGCGAGCUUGCUGAGGCUUUCAAAAAAAAACCAGAGGCUUCGAUCACUCUCAUUUCCGCGACAAAACAUGUCUUGCCUAUUUUGAAGGAAGGAGGUAGUCUUAUGGCGGAGCAGGUCCUUGCAAAAAUGGGCGUCAAGGUGCUUACAGCCCGCAAGGUAGUUAAUGCUGCGCGCAAAAAUUCUGGCAACAAAACCCAGUGGGUGAUCAAUCUAAACAGCGGCGAGCAGCUUGAAGCAGACGUCUAUAUCUCUACUAUUGGGGUGGUCCCAAACAACCAGUUCCUCCCUCAGGCCUUUCUCUCGGCCGAUGGCUGGGUCAAGGUGGACGACAAGUUGCGUGUCCCAGGAGGGUCGGAUGAUGACUCAAUAUAUGCACUCGGGGACAUCACCACGCAACCACUGCGCACGGCAAUCAAAGUGACAGAGCAAGUCCCGGUGGUUGUUACUAAUCUUAAAGCCGCAAUCCUUGGUCAGGGAAAGUUUACUACCUAUUCUUCAAAGGGCUCUUUGAUGAUGAUUGUGCCUAUCGGAGAAAGUAAAGGCACGGGCCAAAUGUUUGGAUGGAAACCUUGGGGAUUUCUGGUUUCUAAAAUCAAGGGGAAGGACUUCUUUGUUUCCAAAGCUGCUGGGAUGCUCGGUUUGAGCUAG